AUGGAUUCAAGUUCUGUUAAAAAUAAUCAAAAUAAUUCAAAUAAAAUUCAAAAAAAAAGAGGAGAGUCACAAAAAAGAAGUUGGGUAUGGGAUUGGUUUGUAUCUAAUGAUAGAAUUGCUACAUGUCAAGUAGAGAUUAUUACAAGUAAAAUAUGUGGUAAAAAAUAUCAGCAUAGAAGUUCAACAGGCAUCUUAAUAGACUAUUUAAGUA